GGCCGGGCCCCGGGCUGGCGGGCGGGCGGGCGCUCCUCCUCCCCUCCCUCCCGGCUCCGCUCUCCGGCCCGGCCUUAAUCCCUCUUUGUUUUUCCGCCCGCCCGCCCGCCCCGGCGGAGCGGGGCUGCUGAGGUGAAAGGAGGCGGCCUCACGGGGUGCGGGGGAGAGAGCAGGCCUCGGGGUGAACCCGGGGGCCCCCCAGCACACACACGCACGCACACACACACACUCACACACACCCUUCCCUCCCGCUCUGAAGGGGAAGGGAGGAGGCCGGUCGCUGUCACCACCCCGCGGCCCAGAGAAAGGAGGGCGCCGGGCCGCUGGAUAGCGCGGGCUGCUGGGCCAUUGCGUGCCGGCACGGUCCCGCACGGUGGGAGAACAAGUUGGGAAAACCCAGUUCCCCCUUAGAAGGCUUCAUGUAGAAGUGUGGGGAUCCUAGGAAUCCUCAGAGAGUGAUUCCUGUAGUGGUUCUACAGCAUUUCACCCAAGAAGCAGGGACCUGGUGUGACCCUCGUGUGAGAGUGCGCUUCAGCAAUGCUGUAAAAAUACUUUAUGUUGCCACAGACAUCUGAAUUGGUAAAAUGGCAGCCCAUGAAGCUUCCCAUCACCAACAGCAGGCAGCACAGAACAGCUUGCUGCCCCUCCUGAGCUCUGCCGUGGAGCCCCCUGAUCAGAAACCAUUGCUUCCAAUACCAAUAACUCAGAAACCUCAGGGUGCACCAGAAACAUUAAAGGAUGCCAUUGGGAUUAAAAAAGAAAAACCCAAAACUUCAUUUGUGUGCACUUACUGCAGUAAAGCUUUCAGGGACAGCUAUCACCUGAGGCGCCACGAAUCCUGCCACACAGGGAUCAAGUUGGUGUCCCGGCCAAAGAAAACCCCCACCACAGUGGUUCCCCUUAUCUCUACCAUCGCUGGGGACAGCAGCCGAACUUCGUUGGUCUCGACCAUUGCAGGCAUCUUGUCAACAGUCACUACAUCUUCCUCGGGCACCAACCCCAGUAGCAGUGCCAGCACCACAGCUAUGCCAGUGACCCAGUCUGUCAAGAAACCCAGUAAGCCUGUCAAGAAGAACCAUGCUUGUGAGAUGUGUGGGAAGGCCUUCCGAGAUGUGUACCAUCUCAAUCGGCACAAGCUCUCCCAUUCAGAUGAGAAGCCCUUCGAGUGUCCUAUUUGUAAUCAGCGCUUCAAGAGGAAGGACCGGAUGACUUACCAUGUGAGGUCCCAUGAAGGAGGCAUCACCAAACCCUAUACUUGCAGUGUUUGUGGGAAAGGCUUCUCAAGGCCUGACCACUUAAGCUGUCAUGUAAAACAUGUCCAUUCAACAGAAAGACCCUUCAAAUGCCAAACGUGCACUGCUGCCUUUGCCACCAAAGACAGACUGCGGACACACAUGGUGCGCCACGAAGGCAAGGUAUCAUGUAACAUCUGUGGGAAGCUCCUGAGUGCAGCAUACAUCACCAGCCACUUAAAGACUCAUGGGCAGAGCCAAAGUAUCAACUGUAAUACAUGUAAACAAGGCAUCAGUAAAACAUGCAUGAGUGAAGAGACCAGUAACCAAAAGCAGCAGCAGCAGCAGCAGCAGCAGCAGCAGCAACAACAACAUGUGACAAGCUGGCCAGGGAAGCAAGUAGAAACACUGAGACUGUGGGAAGAAGCUGUUAAAGCAAGGAAGAAAGAAGCUGCUAACCUGUGCCAAACCUCCACGGCCGCUACGACACCUGUGACUCUCACUACUCCAUUCAAUAUAACAUCCUCUGUGUCAUCUGGGACUAUGUCAAACCCAGUCACAGUGGCAGCUGCAAUGAGCAUGAGAAGUCCAGUAAAUGUUUCAAGUGCAGUUAACAUAACCAGCCCAAUGAACAUAGGGCAUCCUGUAACUAUAACCAGUCCAUUAUCCAUGACCUCUCCUUUAACACUCACUACCCCGGUCAACCUCCCCACCCCCGUCACUGCCCCAGUGAAUAUAGCACACCCUGUCACCAUCACAUCUCCAAUGAAUCUACCCACACCUAUGACAUUAGCCGCCCCUCUCAAUAUAGCAAUGAGACCUGUAGAGAGCAUGCCUUUCUUGCCCCAAGCUUUGCCUACAUCACCGCCUUGGUAAACAGUAUUAUAAAAUCAAAAUAUGGGUAAAAGUAAAUAUUUACCAGCAACUUAACUUUUAGUUGAUUAAAGCAAAAAGUAAACCAUGAAAUUGGGAGAUUUUAUUACAUUAGUUAAUAAGAGUGUGGUAGCAUUUUUCUCCAAUUUGGCUGGGAUUAUUCAAAGUAGGGUGUGUAUGUAACUUAUCACUGGACCACUUUAGUUUAAUCAGAAAUUCCUUUUAGCUGACAGCAUUGCUUAAACAGGAUAGUAGUUGGCAAGAUGAAAUGCCAGAAUUAAAACCAAUCAUAAGUAGAACCCACUUCAAAAUAAAAAAAACAGCAUUACUAUUUCUAAUCCCAAGGAAUCACUUUAUUGUAAACACUAGCAGAACUCUUCUCCCUAUACAAGGUGGAUGGCUGAUUUUAACCUGAAAUUUUAAAUCCACAGAUUGAGAGCUAGUGUAGAAUUGUCUGUGUUUAUUGUUUUUAUGAGUAAAUACAUGCAUUGUCAUAAUAAAAUGCAUUUCAGAGAAUAUGCAUUUUACCUUUGGGAAUAUGUUAAUUUCAGGCAGCAUUCCCUAUGGGAAAGGUGAUACCAGCUCUGAUAUGCAAAGCAUAUGAUAAUUUAUCAUUCUAACUUCAACGUAUAAUAGGGAUUGUGACCUGGUAUUUGGAGAUGUAAAUAUUGCUCAGCAUAUUAAUCCCGACGGAAUAUAGCAUUGUAGUUGACUUUUUAAAAAAAAAAAAAAUUAAAAAAAAUCUACAAAUUGUGUUUUGCUAAGAAAAGCCUCAACUGACAGAGGAGAAGUCAAGUGUGUGGACAGGCAGGCUCCUAACAAACAGAGUCCAGUGGGAUUCCUGUUUAGGAGCCAAGGAGUACUUUGGAACAGUUCAAAUAUAUUGCUUUAAAUUGGAAGACGCUGGAGGCACUGGGAUGUGAUAUGCCCCUCUCUCUCCCAAUCAGAGCCUGUUGAUAUUACAACAGGGACAGAUGUGUUAGUUGCUCACUAGAGUUUAUGUCUUAUAUUAAAUUGUAUACAGUUUUUAUUCUAACCACUAACUAGGUAGUAUAUGCCCCUUCAGAACAUGCAGAGUGUAUCUUUUUUUAAAUUUCUCCUUCCGUUUCUUAAGUAUUGCGCAGAUUUGUUCAACUUUGUAAAUAUAGACGUCACUUUUUUUUUUCUUUGAGAAAACACUUGUAUCAGCUUUGUGGUGUUUUCAGGGAGACAGCUGUCUGCAUUCCCUGUAGAAACCCAGCAAUGAUUAUGCACGUUGAGACAUGUGCUUUUUAUUUCUUAGCAGGAUAUUUUAUCUCUGUACAUAAAGUAGAAACCAAAAGCUAGGGAAACAGAUACUCUUUACACCAUCAUGCCACACAUUGUUUUUAAAGCAUUGCGUUAAAAAAAAAGUUAACUAAACCAAGACGCUGUGAUUUUUUUUUAAGUUGCAAUAUGUUUUUGGUUUUUUUCAUUUUCUAAUCAUUGCAGUUAAGAGAAAUGGAAAUUAGUUGUGUUAAUCUUGCAGAAUGUUUGCAGGACUGACUAUCAAACUGGAUGAUUUCCGUUUAUACCCUACUGUGUCAGUUCAAGCAUCAAAACACCUUGCAUCUGAGACAGACUUCCUACAUCAGGGACAGGUAUCUGUGUGUCAUUAUACAAAACAGUUCUAGGGGGUUGAACUACAUAGUAAAAAAAUAAAAUAAAUAGUACUUAGUGUAAAAUAAUUUUAUAAAUGAUCUUUUGUACUUUAGGACAUUAAAUUGUACAACUUUUGUAUAUAUAAAAGCUUAGGAACUUUCUGUUUAGCAGGAAGGCAACACAUUCCUACACUUUUAUUGUAUAUGUUUGUUAUAAUGUCCAUGUAAACAUGCCCUAUGUUUGUGCCUUUUAAUUAGUUUGUCUCAAUAAACAAAAUGUAGAGAAAAAUAUGUAGCUAUGACUUUGUUACAACUGUUCUUAUCCACAGUACGAAAAUGGUUUGUUUUUAAUAUGUAGAGCAUUAUGUGUGGACUACUGGAAGGACUUGUGUAGGGAAAGCCCAAGAAUGACCCUGCUGAGGCCUGGAUUGGGAGGCACAGUGGCCACAUUUGGAGGAAGUUCACAUUUCCUGGCAUGCAGACCCAAAACUGGGUUCUGGCUCUGCCUGCUGGGAUCUGUUAUCUCUGGUGGGCUGGCAGUCAUAAUUCACGAUUCAGACAGCCCAGGCUUCCUCCACAGUGGUCCAAGGAGCAGUCCUCAGUGGGGGCAGGUGUGGGCCCUACCCCUAAGCUAGAAUGUGGUUGUCAGAACCCUGAAAGUAUUAGUUCUAAAAAAAAAAAAGAUAUAUACUAGAAAUAAUUGUUUUAUCGAUUCAUUGUGUAAUAAACAGGAGUGAGACUUCAUUGUAUGACUUCAGUUAAAAUACUAUUUUGUAUGCAUUCUUUAUUCACUUAAGAAGCUUGUCUGCAAUAAUAAAGCCACGUCAUGUCUUCUUUUGGGAGGGAGAGAGUCGAUGGCAGGAGGGGGUUUUGGGUGGGCCACUGAAAAGGGGAACUGAAUAGGUUGUGUGAUGAAAUUCUCCUGUGUCUUGGAACUGGAAUUGAGUUUCGAUGUUGAUGAACUGAUUCAACCAGGUGUUGAAGGCACGACGGCCACUGCUCUACGAAAAGGCAGAGUAUGUUUUUCCCUUCUGGUUGUAACCUGGUUGAGAGCUUCCCCUUUAUCAGAUUGGCAGCUAAACAGUUGUAUUAGAUAAUCCUUAAAUCUGACAUCCAGCCUGUUACGCUCUAGGGCUCGCUGCUUGGCCUGCGUUUGCUUUUUAUUGUGUAUCCAUUCCCCUCCUACGGUGUGCUCCUAAAUGAAGGUUUCUAUGUAAGCAGAUGAUGAUUUUACCUGUCAAUACCAGCACUGUAUUACUAACAUGCAAAAUACUGCAGAUUUAUUUUGAAAAUUAAAGUUAACCGGUCACAAA